AUGGGUGCAAUCACAGCAGCCUGUCAAUCUUCAGAUGGCACAACCAUCGAGCCCAAGAUCCCAGUGAGCACGCCUGUUGCCCUUACAGCAGAGUUCAUGAAAUUUCUACGCUACAAUGACACCCUCGCUACACCAGCCCUCAAACUGCUCGACUUGUAUCUCUGCAUGUGGGAUAGCUACGUCGUCAAAUCGACCCGGAAGUUACAGCUCGAGGAAGAGCAAAGACAGCUUCAAGUGUCAACUAAGUGGCUAGCAAGCGACAGCGAUAUCCUUAUGCAGAUUUGCAGUGAACAGGCAUUAGUAUUGUGGUAUCGCAGCCGUGGUUGA